AGCUGCAGAAGGCCUGGUGGAGCCAGCGAGACACAGUCACAGAGACAGAGAGAGGUGGACUGACUGGAUCCAGUGUGAAAGCUUGUGUUUCAUCACCCAGUGUCCUCAGAGAGGAAGAAGAUAAAGGGAAGACGAAAAAAAGGACUUUGACUGAAACCACGGCAAGACAGAGCGAGACAGACAGAGAGACAAGGUGAAGGAGGAGACUGAAGGAAGGAAGGAAGGGAGGGAGGAAGGAGACUGAAGCAUGUGGACGGUGUCCUGACUGUUCUCUGUGACAGCUUUCACACGCAGCCAGCUUGUGCACUGCUGCCUUUUUUCCCCCCUCACCCUUUAUGGAUCCCUAUUCUCCAUCCUUUCUUCUCCUCUGAGCUAGAGGACGUGCAAAAGGAGGAAGAAGAAGAGGUAGGAGGAGGAGAAGGAGGAGGGGAGGCAGUCACCCUCACUUCUCCCUUACUCAGACAUAGUGAUAGGGGGAGUAAAAUAACAGGUUUUCUGUUCUUACGUUCCUUCGCCGUCUCCUCUGGUCCCUCGGCCAGCGAGCGGCCAACAGGCACCGCUCAUGUCCGUGAACUCAGAGAAAUCCUCGUCCCCUGAAAGGCCUGAGACCCAGCAGAAAGCCCCAGUGAGUGCUCCUUCUCCCCCGCCACCCCCUCCGCCUCCUGCUGAGCCAGUGGGGCCUCCGGAGCCAGAGGAGGAGAUCCUGGGCUCCGAUGAUGAGGAGCAGGAGGACCCAGCGGACUAUUGCAAAGGAGGGUACCAUCUGGUGAAGAUAGGUGAUUUAUUCAACGGGAGGUACCAUGUGAUCAGGAAGUUGGGGUGGGGCCACUUCUCCACCGUAUGGCUUUGCUGGGACAUUCAAGUGAAGAACUUUGUGGCGAUGAAGGUGGUGAAGAGUGCACAGCAUUACACCGAGACGGCUCUGGAUGAGAUAAAACUGUUGCGAUGUGUAAGAGAGAGUGACCCCAGUGACCCAAACAAGGACAUGGUGGUCCAGCUGAUAGAUGAUUUCAAGAUCUCUGGUGUCAAUGGCAUACAUGUGUGUAUGGUGUUUGAGGUGCUGGGUCACCACCUGUUGAAGUGGAUCAUCAAAUCCAACUACCAAGGCUUGCCACUGCCAUGUGUCAAAAGCAUAAUCAGACAGGUCUUGCAAGGCCUGGACUACCUCCAUGCAAAGUGUAAAAUCAUCCACACGGACAUCAAGCCGGAGAACAUCCUGAUGUGUGUCGAUGAUGCUUUUGUCCGGCGCAUGGCCAUGGAGGCAACUGAAUGGCAGAAAGCUGGAGCUCCUCCUCCCUCCGGAUCAGCAGUUAGCACAGCACCCCAGCUCAAACCGGUGAGUACAACAGAUGUGGGGAAGAUCUCAAAGAAUAAGAAGAAGAAGCUGAAGAAGAAACAGAAGAGGCAGGCAGAGCUGCUGGAGAAACGGAUGCUGGAGAUUGAGGCCCUGGAGAGAGAGGCAGAACAACGUGAGGAGAAAGUCAAAGAAGCAGGAGACAAAGAAGCAGAUGAACAUGACUGUCUGUCACCUGCGGUGCCUCAACCGCCGCCUCUGGCCUCCACUGUGGCUCUGGGAGAAAGUGAGGAGGAAGAUGAAGAUGAGGAGGAAUUGGAAGAUGAGGAGGAGGAAGAAGGGGGAGAGACAGCGAGGCCCAUCAGACUAACCAAUCACACAUGUGCGGCGCCUCCCCAGCAGCAAAGUAAAGAAGACCGCAACACUGAUGAUGACCCUGAUGGGGAGGUGGAAGAAGAUGAGACCACGCCCAUCGUUGAAAAAGAGGCCCCCCUCGUGCUUCUGUCACAGGAUGGUGGUGGAGAUCCCUUGCAAGCAGGUGUACAGGAAGAGGUUGAGAAGGUAGAGGAGGAGGUUUUGAAGGGGGUACAUGAUGACAAUGAAGAAGCAGAGGUGGUGGAUAAGGUAGAGGAGGAGGAGGAGGAGGCAGAGGAAGAAGAAGAGGAGGAGGAGGAGGAAGAGGAGGAGGAAGCAAAAGAGAAUGAAAUAGAGGAGACUACAUGUGGGAGCAAAUCAGAGGAGGAAACAGUGGAAGAAGAGGAGUCAAAAGAGCAGCAGGAGGAGGAAGACAACGAUGAUGCCGAUGAUGAUGAUGAUGAUACAACUGCUGCUGACCUUCUUACAGACACCACUUCUCCCAUCAAGCUCCACAACAACAAAAGCAGUUCAGCCAACACCAAUGGCCAUGUUCUUUUGGGGUCUGACAAACUGACUAUAAACUCUGGCACUCCUCUGACCCCCUCACCCACCCCAGAGCCUCUCCUCUGCCCUCUGGUGGAGUCAGAACUCAGCUACACAGACAGAGAAAACUCUCUCAGCUCUGGUUAUGAGAUGUUCAAUGGUGAGGUGAGUGAAGCAAGGCUGACCAAUGGCUCCAGUGAGCGUCAUCUGGGUACAGUACCCAUUUUCCCAGACUUGCCUCUGGAUCCAGAGCCAGGAAAUAAUGUUUCAGUCAGGACAGAAGACACUGGAGCUGGACCAUCACCUGAUAGCACCGACGGUGACCGCAGUCGCACUGUGUCUUCCUCAAGUACAGGAGAAACUCCCAAAGUCAGGGCCAGAGCUGCAGACCUCCUGAUCAACCCACUAGACCCACGCAACUCUGACUCUAUCCGAGUCAAAAUUGCUGAUCUUGGCAAUGCUUGCUGGGUGCACAAGCACUUUACAGAGGACAUCCAGACAAGACAGUACCGCUCCAUUGAGGUCCUGAUAGGAGCUGGUUACAGCACACCUGCUGACAUAUGGAGCACUGCUUGUAUGGCAUUUGAACUGGCAACUGGAGAUUACCUGUUUGAGCCCCACUCUGGAGAGGACUACUCCCGUGAUGAGGACCACAUCGCUCUGAUCAUGGAGCUCCUCGGGAAGGUCCCACGCAAAGUGGUCACUGCUGGGAGGUACAGCCGAGAGUUUUUCUCCAAGAAAGGCGAGCUGCGACACAUCACCAAACUGAAGCCGUGGUCUCUGUUCGACGUGCUGGUGGAGAAAUAUGGCUGGUCGCCCGAGGACGCCGGCCACUUCACUCACUUCCUUCUCCCCAUGCUCGAGAUGGUGCCCGAGAAGAGGGCUUCAGCCAGCGAAUGCCUCAAUCACCCUUGGCUCAACUCGUAGCCACAAUUUCAACUCCAGCACCCUCUUCCCCGUAGGCUUACCCCCCCCCCCCCCUCCCCCCCCCCCCCCCCCCCCGCCCCCCCAAAAAAAAGUAGCCCCUAGUGGCAGUAUCUGGAAUAACAGCACAGAAACUAGUAUCAGAGUUGGAGGAAAACAAAGUGUGAAGAUUUCUGUCUAUUUUUUUUUCUCGCUCAUGCACUUACAUGCUCAUUUUGGGGAAGCUUUAGAACCUCAUAGCGCCUGCCGUCCUGUCCUAAAAAGAAUGUAAAGACAGCUGGUGCAAGUCAGCCAAACUGAGCUUAUUGAGGUAAUAAGUCAAAAUAUACAAAUAAGAGUUUUUCCAUCAAGUUUUCAGCUGGACAUAUUUUAUUAUCCCAUCUCAUCCCAGUCUUCUUGUCAGAUCUGUGGAUGCACACGGGGCAACUGAUGUGUUUUUAGCACCCCGUCGCUACAGCCCGAUGUCCGUCAGCUGUCCGGGGUCUCAGAAACACACAGUAAUGGAUUGUUCGAGUGCAUGAGCACAUAGAACCUGGCAUCUCACUUCAGUCCAGAAACACCAUCAUCCUGCUGUGGAUGAGGCACUCACAUGGAACUAAAGUACUAUGGUUGAAGAGGUUCUUUCCUGGACACCAUUCCAAAAACGCUGUCAAACAGAUAGUUUAUAGGACAGCCAGUCCUCCAGGGAGCACCACAUCGACAGUUGGAAAGCUACGAGAGGAGCAAAUCAGUAAACUACAAUAAUUUAACCGCAGCAAAGGACAGGUUGGUCGAUACAGACCUUUUAAAAUGCAUGGACAGACUGAUGGAUCAGCAUGAAGGGUUCUGGCAAUGUGUUUAGGUUGUGCAUUUCAUUAGUUUGGUUUGCGGUUUGAUCACCCCUCUUGGACACUGUGGAAAUAUGAAGAAUUUUUUUUGUGAAAUUGUUGGUCCAAGAAAGGUCACAGUGUUUCAAGUCUUCUCUACUGCAGGUUUUGAUGAUCUUCAAAUCUUGAUGCUUGGUCAUCAUUCCUGACGUUUACACUUUUACUCCAACAAGUCUGUUGAUUCUUGCUGUGGUUCAUUUACCAGAACUGAUUAGUAUCAUCCCUAUUUUAUCCCACCUGAAAAUAGAAGGAUUCCUGUGAAUUUCCAGAAAGCAGAUGGACACAUGGAGGUUGCACUUGUCUUUGUAAAUGUCCUUCAGGGAUUUGAAAACUUUGUACAUAAUACUGAGACCUGGCAGCGCAGAUAAGGACGUGGAUAAAGUUUCAACACACAAGCAUCAUUCCAAAACAGAGGCCGUUGUUGGCGGAACUUGAAUUUCUCCAAGCAGCCUAGAGGGAAGUUGUGACUGCGCUACCCAGUGGCUGUAUGGGAGUACUGCAUGGCCACACAUUGCUGCUGCUCUCAGUGCCAACGCUCCAAGACGUUCCACUAGAUCUCACUUAUCUGUCUGUCUCACACACACAAAGUCUCACGUCAUCACUAUUAGUCCAGUUGCCUUUUUUCGCAAUAAAUUAAAAAGAUGAGUAUAAUUAAAUGGUGAGAUAUUUUUAAAAAACUAUUUAAUUCGUUAAAAAAUAACUUUCUCUGGUUGUUGUGACUGUGACUUUUUUUCUUGUCUUAUACUGAGGUGAUUGUGUUUGUCUCAUAGAGAUUGUCUACAUUUCAGUUACUAUUAUUAUUAUUAAUAUUAUUAUUAUUAUAUAUAUAUAUUUUAAGUUGUCACCUCGCCCUCCUUACUUGAACAGUGCUGCUCUGUUUGGGCUCUAGCUGGUGAUGAAAAAAAAAAAAAAAUCAAACAUUUUGCAAUAAAAAGGUAUGUGAUGGGUUUUGUUUUGUUGUUUUUAGCACCAAAGCAUCCCAAUCUUACUCUUCAGCCAUGCUGACUGUUCUUCCUGAAAGAAUUAUGUUUCAUGUCUGUGUUUUUCAUUGACAGAUUUAAUAAAAUUGUAACUUAAUGGAA